AUGGCUACUGGCGCAUCUGGCCUCGGCACUGAGAUUGUUGGCACAAUCAACAAACUACAAGAUGUCUUUACGACCGUUGGUUCAUCUGCCUCUGCUAUAGACCUGCCCCAAAUCUGUGUUCUUGGUAGUCAAAGUAGCGGAAAGAGCAGUGUUUUAGAGAACAUCGUCGGUCGGGAUUUCUUGCCUCGUGGUUCAGGCAUCGUGACGCGUCGACCUCUGGUGCUACAGCUUAUCAACAGACCAGCUGGUACUCCACCACCUGCUGGAGAUGCUGCUCCCAAAGUCAAUGGGACCGACAAAGCCGGCGACAAAGGUGCCAACCCAGACGAGUGGGGCGAAUUUCUCCAUCUCCCCGGCGAAAAGUUCUACGACUUCACCAAGAUUCGGGACGAAAUCGUUCGCGACACUGAGGCCAAGACUGGUCGCAAUGCAGGCAUUUCACCCCUCCCAAUCAACCUUCGAAUCUUUUCUCCUCACGUCCUCACGCUCACUUUGGUCGAUCUUCCUGGCAUCACCAAAGUUCCCGUCGGCGACCAACCUCGGGACAUCGAGAAACAGAUAAGAGACAUGCUGUUCAAGUACAUUUCGAAACCUUCCUGCAUCAUACUUGCUGUUACGGCGGCGAAUCAGGACUUGGCUAACUCUGAAGGAUUGAAGAUGGCACGGGAGGUUGAUCCAGAAGGAACGAGGACAAUCGGUGUUUUGACCAAAGUUGAUCUCAUGGACACUGGUACAGAUGUAGUAGACAUUCUUGCUGGGCGUGUUAUUCCCCUGCGGCUAGGAUACGUCCCAGUCGUCAACAGAGGGCAGCGCGACAUUGAAACCAAUCGCCCCAUCACCGCUGCCUUGCAGAAGGAACGUGAAUUCUUCGACACCCACCCUUCGUACCGAGGAAAAUCUCAAUACUGUGGCACACCUUUCCUCGCCCAAAAACUCAACUCGAUCCUCAAGGCCCACGUCCGCAACACUCUUCCCGACAUCAAAGCUCGCAUCACACAGCAGUUACAACGCUAUCAGUUAGAACUUCAAUCACUAGGUGGACCUCUGGGAGACAACAACGCCAACGUCAUCCUUUCAGUUAUCACCGAGUUCUGUGCAGACUUCAGGACUGCUAUCGAUGGAAAUACCAAUGAUCUGUCGCUCAACGAGCUUUCUGGAGGAGCACGUAUCAGCUUCGUGUUCCACGAGCUCUACAACAAUGGCAUCAAGAAUAUUGACCCAUUUGACCUCGUCAAGGAUGGUGACAUUCGUCUUAUGCUUUAUAACACCGCGGGCUCUACCCCCGCUCUCUUUGUCGGAACUGCAGCGUUCGAAGCUGUGGUUAAGCAGCAAAUUCUGCGGUUGGAAGAGCCCAGUCUCAAAUGUUGUCAGUUAGUAUACGACGAAUUAAUUCGAAUUCUGGGGCAAUUGCUUGCCAAGAUUCAAGUCUUCCGACGCUAUCCUGCGCUGCGCGAACGCUUCAAUUCCGUCGUCAUCAACUUUUUCAAGUCGGCAAUGACGCCAACGACGAAGCUGGUUAGCGAUAUGGUGGCAAUGCAAGCUUGCUACGUCAACACAACCCAUCCAGACUUUAUCAAUGGACAUAAGGCCAUGACAAUCGUCAAUGACCGCCUGAAUGCCAACAAGCCUCCGCCACAAGCCGCCGACCCGAAGAAACUAGUACCUGGUCAAAUCAACAACAACAAGGAUUUGGAUGUUGAGGCUAAGAAAGAGGAACCGAGCUUUUUCGGGUCCUUCUUCGCCCCGAAAGCAAAGGCCGCUGCUGCCAAGAAGAGUGGCAUAUCGACCAUGGAAGCCCCUCCAGCAGUUAUCAAGCCACAAGCCGCCCUUAGCGAGCGCGAGACGAUGGAAACCGAGGUCAUCAAGCUUCUGAUCCACUCUUACUUUAACAUCGUCAAGCGGGAGAUGAUCGACAUGGUCCCCAAAGCCAUCUCGCUGACGCUUGUGACCCACUCAACCAAGAACCUGCAACGAGAGCUGUUACAGGAGCUCUAUAAGCCAGAGGUGUUGGAUGAGCUGCUUCAGGAGAGCGAAGCUGUCGUUCAUCGCAGGAAAGAGGUUAUCGGCAUGGUACAGGCACUCAACAAAGCUGAGGAGAUCGUUGCGGGUGUGUAG